UCCCCCAUCAUCAAUGAAUGAAUACACUAGUGGGCUUCAACUAUCGCUACUCUCACACCUCACCUCCCCUUUUCUCUUAUUCCUCCGUACCUUCAUCUCUCGCAAAGCCUUCUCCGUCUUUUUACCUAAUCCGGGGACAUCCAUGGCGAGGCGGUUGCCGAUGGUGAUGUUCCUGUGCGGCGCUCACAAGGGAGCGCUGAAAUCGUCGAGGAGCAGAGGAGAAAAGAGAAGGGUGAGAUUGGGAGGUAAGAAGAAGCCGGUGAUGGAGAAGAUGAAGAGCAGCUUGAGCAGUAAGGCGCUGUUGAUGGCUAAGAUGAUUUCGUGGAGGAAAGUGGAGGACGUGGGAGAAGCAGAGGAGUACAGCUAUAGGGAAGGGGAAGAGGAAGAGGAAGAAGAAGAAGACGGCGUCGUUUGGAAGAAGACGAUCAUCAAAGGAGAAAAGUGCCGGCCGCUUGAUUUCUCCGGCAGGAUUCUGUAUGAUAAUGAUGGAAAUCUUCUGCCGGAUUAGUUCAGUUGAUUUGAGGUAAAAUAUGAACAGCUUAAAGGGAUUCAUUUGUGACACUCGUUGAACAACAAUAAAGAUUUUUCAACUUGAAAUAAUCACACCACCAGUAUAAUAAAAAUUUACCGUAUGAAUGAUAUACAAUUCAAGAAAAAUGAUACUGCGUA